CCUAAGUCGAGUAUCGGCACCGUGCGCAAUUGAGACGCGAGAUCCGCGGGACUGCCCGAUCGCCAUAAAGGCCUGCAUACGAAAGAGACCCCCACUCCAAGCACCUGUAUUGACAUGGCUUAUAGCAUCGGCAUGACCGCAUAUGCCAGAAUAUCACGAAAUAAAUCGCACGCGAUGCACUGGGAGCAAUGAGCAGCGUCAUGGCGAGACAGCCUCUGAAGCGGACGGGGAUCAUCUCAGACCGCAAGGCAACACCCGAUGUUCGGAGCACCUGGAGGGCGGGCCCGGGAUCGGUUCUAUGGGAUUCGCCGAGGCUGGUCAGCAGAAGGGGCCCUGGUUCAGAGUUGGAAACACCGUCGUCUGGGCGGUCACAGACAGCACGGAGGUGGGCAUGGCCGUCAGAAUCGCGCACAGAAAGGGCGAUCGCACCGGAAUCAACACGGACACGCGCGCAGAUCCUCUGUAUCGCGAGACGGCAGAACUCGUAGAGCUUGGCCGCGAGAUCGCGGACGCGGACGUCGUGCAGGACACGUGUUUCGGUAGCCCGGAGUAUGAGCUGCCCAACUGAGGGCAUCAUGGGGGCUUUUUGGUUGUGUGCGCGGACUGCUGUACGAGGGUAAGCCAAUGGACGGCAUGAUCGAUAUGGUGAAGAAUGGGGAGUUUCCCGAGGGUUUGAGGGUGUUGUAUCAUGUAGGCGCAUCUCGGGCGGCGACACUUGAUUAAGCUUGAUUGUUCGAUGUCUCACCUGUGACCUACAUACAAGGUAGAUGAAUAGUUUAGCAGAACGUUUUUACAUAUCAACUCCUCCUCCUCCUCCUCCUGUGCGCGACAUGGCCUUAUGUAAGCACAGUUUGCCAGCGAGGCCGUCACGGUCUAGCUUCAUCUUACACCAUCACGAGUGGUUCCGAUUCGCACCCCAGCUUUUCGCGG